AGACGACUCACACUCUCAGACUGAGAGAGCGAAAGCAAAAGAGAAGAUGGCAUCGCCUACAGCAAGGAUCACGUUCCGGGUAGUAAUGGUAGCUCUGGCUGUUCUUGUCCUCUUCUACAUGGGUCGUCCUCUCUACUGGAAAGUCUCUGCCACCAUCCACGAGAUCCGUGAAAACAGACAGACCGUCAAGCAAGGUCUGUCGCAGAUUGUGUUGGAAGCCCAGAGAACUGUGGGGUGGUACCACGACGAGUCGGAUUCGGGUGUAAGAGAUGAUCGGGUCGGGAAGAAGGUGGCCACGACCCGAAGGUUGCUGUUUAAUCAGCCCUUUACUCCAAUCACUGCUUGAGGUUUGAUCACGUCAGUUGUGACACUGUGGGGUUGUUCAGAACUUUAGAUCUGAUGGUUAAUUCACUAUAUAUUGUGAGAAAUGAAAUGCUUGGUUCCUGAAGCUAGUAAUUGCUAGAAAGACUUGAACAACUGCAAUGCCGAUUAAUUGUAGUGUUGUUGAUAUAUAUCUAGAAAUGCAAUGACUGUUUUG